UGAUCAUAUAAACGAUCAAAUAGAUGGGACCAGUCACAUUCUCUCUCACUGGAUAAACUUGUAUGUCUGAAACAGGACAGAGAGAGCCAAGGUUUUUCUUUGAGAGUUCUACAAAACAAUUUUAUUUAGAGGAAGGAGCAAAAUUAAGUGAUAAAAAUUCAGGUCGGCUGCCACGCAUAUUCAUUCAUCUAUGCCACAACAAUCCCUUUCCUCGUUUUCUUGUAUUCUGGUCUGGAUAUGUUAGUCUGGCCGUCCAGCGAAUUAAAGCAUUAAUGCUUGCUCUCUGAAAAUUAAGGUUGUCCAAUCGGUCAAAAUCAGAAGAUCAUGUUGCCACUCUUCUCUUUACAGAAACUCUAAAAUGGAUAAAUACAAUAUCAAGCGCUCUUAUUUGUUUAUCCUUUUGCUAUGCAUACUGUCUCUGGGAGCCUUUGCACAGGAACUACAUGACUUAACAGUUGUCAGUUGAUGAUUGUUUAUGUUGCUAGACUUAGCAUGUAAGGACUAGGAAAGCACAAGUAUUCUUAUGAGUGCAUAUUCUUUCAAAUCGUUUGGUCUGUUGGCUAAAUUUUGUCUCUUUAUGCUAAAGGCGCAGACUAAAGCACCAAGUAUCAUAUUUACAAAGGAACAAGACGAUGUCGUAUAUCAUUCUAAAACAUAUUGUUCCAGGGAAAGAAGCAGGAUAGCUUGGAAAAUUAUUGAUGAGUAUUUGAUGCCAUUUGUGGAAGAAGAGAAUUACAACCUCUCAAAGACCUGUCGGCUUCAUGCAGCAAAUGACAUGUUUAGAGAACAAGAGCUACACAAGGAUCAUUUACGAGUUAAUGAAUGGCAGUGUGGCUUUUGCCAAAAAAUAUUUCUUUCAGAGAAUUAUCUUGAGCAACAUUUUGACAAUCGUCACCAAAAUCUUCUGAACAUUAGCCGGGGUAAUUGCUUGGCAGAUAUGUGUGGUGCAUUACACUGUGAUGUUAUGGACAAAUCCAAGCCACCGAAGACAAAAUGCAAUCUUGCUGCUGUGGACAAGAAUCACCAUCUCUGUGAGAGCCUUGCAAAUAGUUGCUUCCCUCCCACUGAGGGCCCUUCUGCAAGGAGACUUCAUGAUUUUUUCUUGCGGCAGUUUUGUGAUGCUCAUACUUGUAAAAAAGGCAGUCGGCCAUUCACAAGGGGCGCUGGGAAGAAGAUUAGUUUAUGGUACUAUGCAAUUUGCAUCUUGGUAAUGAUGAUGCUUCCGAUAUUCUAUUGUAUAGUAUAUAUGCAUCAAAGGGAAAUGAGCAAGAAUAUUAAAAACUUGAAGCGGAUUUCUAAAACGGAUAAGAAGGGAAAAUCCUAUUGAGAUUUAUGAUCUGGUUUUUAACUAUAAUUUAUUUCCUCAUGUAUCUUAUUUAAUUGUUUUUGUUUGAAACAUUUUUCUUUUUCUUAUACCAAAAACUAGUUUAUUCUCUAGGAAUUCAAAAUUUUUAGAUAUAGGGAAGAGGAUGUAAACAGUGACUUACGGAUAGGUUUUUCAAAAACGACUCUUAUGUGAAGAAUUUCAAAAUUCUAAUUUAUAAUUUGUAUGGUUUUGAAGUUCAA